AUGAAGAAGUCGGUCCCACAGGGGAAUGACAUGCUGAAAGCCCCUGGCCACCCCGGAGUUGCCCAAGACGCGGGUGACUCCUCCCCGGGGACCCUCCCCCGGGGCGCGUCAUUCUCCCCACCCUCGAGACCCGACCCCGGCGGCUGCUCGCGUCGGCCACCUGCUCCGCAGCCUGGAGCCCCAGCCGGCAGCUCGCGCGUCGCUGUGCGCGCCCAGGUCCCGAUGGAGCUGCGGGCCGAUAACUCCAGCUGCGAGAACGGGUCCCUGAUCAGCCUCUACUGCUCCUCCCAGCAAGUCUUGUGCCAGAUCCUCAGGGACCCCAGCUCUGAGACACCCAGCAAUGGCACCGUUCUCAGCUGGCAGGAGAAGUUCUGGAAGAGCUACAGCUUCUAUGUGGGCCUGGGCCUGGCCUUCCUCUCCAGCUUCCUCAUUGGCAGCAGUGUCAUCCUCAAGAAAAAGGGCCUUCUACGACUGGUGGCCACAGGGGCCACCCGGGCUGUGGACGGAGGCUAUGGCUACCUGAAGGACACGAUGUGGUGGGCUGGAUUUCUCACCAUGGCCGCAGGAGAAGUUGCCAACUUCGGGGCCUACGCAUUUGCUCCUGCGACAGUCAUCACACCCCUGGGAGCGCUGAGUGUCCUCAUUAGUGCCAUCCUCUCCUCCUACUUCCUGAACGAGCGCCUGAACCUGCUGGGGAAGCUGGGCUGUGUGAUCUGCGUGACCGGCAGCACGGUGAUGGUGAUCCACGCGCCCGAGGAGGAGAAGGUCACCACCGUCAUGGAGAUGGCGUCCAAGAUGAAAGACACAGGGUAUGUCGUGUUUGCUGUGCUUCUGCUGGUGUUCUGCCUCAUCCUCAUUUUCAUCGUUGCCCCCCGUUAUGGGCAAAGGAACAUUCUGGUCUACAUUGUCAUCUGUUCAGUGAUCGGGGCCUUUUCUGUAUCUGCCGUCAAGGGUCUGGGCAUCACCAUCAAGAACUUCUUCCAAGGGCUGCCGGUGGUGCGGCACCCCCUUCCCUACAUCCUGUCCCUCAUCCUGGCCCUUUCGCUCAGCACUCAGGUCAACUUCCUCAACAGGGCCUUGGACAUCUUCAACACCUCACUGGUGUUCCCCAUCUACUACGUGUUCUUCACCUCUGUGGUGGUGACCUCCACCGUCAUCCUCUUCAAGGAGUGGCACAGCAUGUCUGCCGUGGACAUUGUGGGCACCCUCUCUGGCUUUGUCACCAUCAUCCUGGGUGUGUUUAUGCUCCAUGCCUUCAAAGACCUGGACAUCAGCCGGGCCAACUUGCCCCACAUGCACAAAAAUCCCACCCCAGCUCCCACCCCAGAGCCCACGGUCAUUCGGCUGGAAGACAAGAAUGUCCUGGUGGACAAUAUAGAACUCUCCAGCACCCCAUCGCCAGAAGAGAAGCCCAAAGUCUAUAUAAUCCACUCAUAA